CCUAUCUUUUUAAUACCUACUUCCCCCAUUCCCGCAAUCCCAUCCUACUCCCAGCCACCAUGACCUUCCCCUCAAACUCCCAUCUCCCAAUUGCUCCCAACCCCAAAACCCUGCUAGGGUUUCUCCUCAUCCUCUCCCUCUCCCUAGCCUUCGCCGAGACCAAUCUCUCCGACGCUCCCACCGCCUACGAGCUCCUCGAGAGCUUCAAUUUCCCCAGAGGAAUCCUCCCACGGGGAGUACAGAGCUACCUUCUGAGGAAAGACGGCACCUUUGAGGUUUAUCUCGGUGGGGACUGCGAGUUCAAGGUCACUGGGGCCUAUCAAUUGAGGUACAAGACGAAGAUCACCGGCACGGUGGAGUCGGGGACGCUCAAGGACUUGAAUGGAGUCAGUGUGAAGGUGUUGUUCUUGUGGAUUGGCAUCAGUGGGGUCGUGAGAAGUGGCGAUGAGCUCAAGUUCUAUGUCGGGCCGCUGUCGGCCUCCUUCCCCUUGUCCAACUUUGAGGAGUGCCCCCGGUGCGGGGGCGGAUUCGAUUGCGCCAUCCCCUUGGUUUCUGAUGCUUAGGAGGAUUCUGUUGUUGUGGGUGACGAACAAUCUUUCUAUCUCUUCAUGCAUGCUUUCGAUUAUAGAUUAUGGAACUAAUGGUGAUAAUCCCUUGUAUGGUUGUAUUGGAAUUUGGAUAUUGAAUGAAUAAGGAUUUUAUACUUUAAUGUGCUUUUGUAGAUU